AUGGGUAGAUACACUGCAGACGAGGGGGGCAGCGAUAUCGUUUUGGGCCACCCUGUGAAAUCAAAGUUCCAGCUUCAAGUCGCCAUCCCCAUCGCGAUUCCCGUCGUCCGGAGUCGUCGCGAAGCAAUUUCCCCCUGGCCGUCCGCUGUCGCCAUGAAGCCCUGCGCGCGCCUGUCCGGCCUGUGUGGCCUCGCCGCACUCGUCGCGGCUCUCGCGGCCAUCAUCAGCCUCCCCGCGACCCACGCCAGCGAAGACCGUGGCCCACAGCUUGGAACGUGUGCCACGUGGCGCUGGGGCUGUGGGAAGGAUGCCACCUGCAAUGAUGAUGACAACGUUGUCGGCUGCAUCUGCAAUGACAAUACUCUCACCUACAAUUACGACAACGAGACGUGUGAUGACGCGUGUGUCGGCCGGGACUGCGGGUUAGAGGCUUCUUGCAUCCGCACUGGUGCUCCCUCUCCUCCGUGUGUCUGCAACAGUAAAGGCUUCACCUACCUCCAAGCUGACAAGACGUGCUUUGCCCCGCUGGUGCGCACGACAGUGCAGAUCAAGGGCCUGCUCAGUCCGCUCAUGAACGUCACCUUCUCCACGGACGGGCCAGCAGAGCAGGCCAGUGGCACCACGGUGUGCAGCAACGUGGGGCAGAAGAUCUACAGCGAGACAGACAUCACCGUCGUGUGGAACGCCUCCAACCCCGCCGCCAAUCCCAUCUCAGACCCAAACAAACCCGCGCUGCAAGACGCCGCGCCUGGCGCCGCCAUGUGCAAGAGCCUGUCGUUCUACUCUGGGCUUUGGUGCGAGGAUGACAUCGAGCUGACUCUCGCGCGCUCUCGUCCUGUGAAGCGCGGCCGGACCACUGCCUACCCCGUCACAACAAAGUAUAUCAGAGACGUUUACUUGGUGCAAUCAGUUGGCUGCGAGAUCACCACGUGCCACUUGGAUUGUGGGGCUGCUGAGUGCGUUGUGAAGGAUGGCAAGCAGCAGUGCCAGUGCCCCGAUGGCUUCAUUUUCAACGCAGCCAAGAAGACCUGCCGCGCUGCCCCUCCGCCCUCAUGCUCUCUCCCCUCUCCCUCACCUCCCACCUUCGGUCAACGCCAGCCAAGUGCAGGCCUGCCUGCACUGCUGAUGCCAAGUGCACGUGGGUGGGAGGAGGAGAGGCAGCGUGUCAGUUCAGGAAAGGUCUCAAAUGCUCUUCCUUCUCUCUCCACUCCCCCAUCCUCCACCUCCCGUCAACGCCAGCGAAGUGCAGGCCUGCCUGCACUGCUGAUGCCAAGUGCACAUGGGUGGGAGGAAAGGCGGUGUGCCAGCCAAAAUUUUGAGCAAGAAGUGCACAUAGAGCUUCUCCAUGCCCCCUUUCGAUGA